CAGGAGGGAUGGACUCCUGGACUCCCCAGCUACCUGCGGGGUCCUUCCCGGUGUGAGGACACAAGACCUGUCCUGGGCCGGGCCCGCAUCCAGCCCUACAGUCGGUGUCUGCGGUGAGGGCUAGGUCAGCGGAAAGCGCGUGACAACCCACGGGCAGGCAGGGCCGGGGGCGUGGUCAACGUGGGCCACGCCCCCCGCCCCCGGGCCCCGGCGCCGAGAGGACGCGCCCGCCUGAAGCAGCCAAUUGGGAAGCGCAGAGCAGGUUCAAACACAGACGGCGGGUGAACGUGGCGUCCUCGACUUGGUCCGAGAUGUGAUCGGCCUGCCUUCUGGCUGAAGAUGUGGCGGGUGAAAAAACUGAGCCUUAGCCUGUCGCCUUCGCCCCAGACGGGAAAACCAGCUAUGAGAACUCCUCUCCGCGAACUUAUCCUGCAGCCCGGUGCCCUCACCAACUCUGGAAAAAGGCCCCCCGCUUGCUCCUCGCUGACCCCAUCACUGUGCAAGCUGGGGCUGCAGGAAGGCAGCAACAGCUCAUCUCCAGUGGAUUUUGUAAAUGCCAAGAGAACAGACUUCCCUUCAGAACAUUUCAGUCAUUCCUCAAAGUGGCUAGAAGCCUGUCAGCAUGAAUCAGAUGAGCAGCCUCUAGAUCCAGUUCCCCAAACUAGCUCUACUCCUAAAACGUCUGAGGAAGCAGUAGACCCACUGGACAACUAUGUGGUUAAAACCAUCGUCCUUGUACCAUCUCCACUGGGGCAGCAGCAAGACAUGACAUUUGAGGCCCAUUUAGAUACCAUGGCAGAGACAAACAGCAUAUCUUUAAAUGAACCUUUGAGAACAGGAGAUCUGGUGAGAGAGGAGGUGGCACCCUGCAUGGAAGACAGGUUUUCAGAAGUUGUUGCUGCUGUAUCUGAGAAACUUAUCUUUGAGGAAUCUCCGUCCCAUCUCUUAGAGUCUCCACCAAAUCCCUCUUCUGAACAACUACAUUGCUCCAAGGAAAGCCUGAGGGACAGUAGGACUGAGGCUGUGCCUGAGGACUUAGUACCUUCUGAAAGUAACGCCUUCUUGCCUUCCUCUGUUCUCUGGCUUUCCCCUUCAACUGCCUUGGCAGCAGAUUUCCCUGUCAAUCAUGUUGACCCAGAGGAGGAAAUUGUAGAGCAUGGAGCUAUGGAGGAAAGAGAAAUGAGCUUUCCUACACACCCUAAGGAGUUUGAAUCAGAAGAUCAAGCAAUUGUCUCAAAUGUGGAAGAUAUUCUGUCUGCAUGCCUGACACCAAAUCUAGUAGAAAUGGAAUCCCAAGCAGCUCCAGGCCCAGCAGUAGAAGAUGUUGGUAGGAUUCUUGGCUCUGAUACAGAGUCUUGGAUGUCCCCACUGGCCUGGCUGGAAAAAGGUGUAAAUACCUCCGUCAUGCUGGAAAAUCUCCGCCAAAGCUUAUCCAUUCCCUCGAUGCUUCGGGAUGCUGCAAUUGGCACUACCCCUUUCUCUACUUGCUCAGUGGGGACUUGGUUUACUCCCUCAGCGCCACAGGAAAAGAGUACAAACACAUCCCAGACAGGCCUGGUUGGCACCAAGGACAGUACUUCUGAGACAGAGCAGCUCCUGUGUGGCCGGCCUCCAGAUCUGACUGCCUUGUCUCGACAUGACUUGGAAGAUAACCUGCUGAGCUCUCUUGUCAUUCUGGAGGUUCUCUCCCGCCAGCUUCGGGACUGGAAGAGCCAGCUGGCUGUCCCUCACCCAGAAACCCAGGACAGUAGUACACAGACUGACACAUCUCACAGUGGGGUAAGAAGGUUCCUUUCAAAGCUUGAAGGAUCCCAGUGGGCUCUCUUCCUUGGAAUUUAA